CCACAACGACAACCCACGACGACGUCACAACAUGGCUGCGCCCAGUGGCAAACACGCUCUGGCAGACUUUUAAUAUCAAAUGUGUGUUUAUUUUACUUAUUUGGACAAGAUAUUGCUUUUCAUCAUGACCACAAUGCCAAAAAAGAGAAAGCAUUCUGAACAACCAGAUGCAAUUAAUACCAAAAGACAAAAGAUCCAUAACAAAGGGAACAGUACCACUAAAAUAAAAUCAAAAUUGAAAGAUGCUCACAAGACUAAAAAGUUGACUCCAACUUCCAUAGAAGUGAAAGAACAGAGGACUAGCCUGCAGUUUGAAAAUAAAGGGCAAAACAGUUCUUUUAACAGCAAAUCACAUAUAGAUCACAUGAAUGUAAAGAAGAAAAAUCACAAGAAGACCUUUAAAACAAAUGUAAAAAAACAGCAGUCUUGUGAUAAAGCCACAUCUGAUUCAAGAGGCAGUUUAUUAACAAGUGAUUCAGUGAAGCACAAUACAGGCAUAGGAAAUGAAAAUGUGCAGAAGAAGGUUCAGGCAGGGACUAAUGUACAUUUGAAAAGAAAACUAAAACACAGAAGGAUGAAAUGGAAGAAGAAAAGAAGGGAAACGGAAGAGGUUAAAGAGACAAAAUUAAUUCAGCCAGUCAGCAGAGUUCCCAAAAAGGCACACCAGGCAUCUGCAAAUUGGAAACAGUUAGUAGCAAAAUUAGAAGUUGAAAAGAAGAAUGAUCCAAAUAGAAAAAAGAAAAAUAAAUUUGGAAAAAGACACACAAAGGGAGACAGAGAAAUGGGACAAGAAGGACAGGAACAGUCCAGCAAUAAGGAACCAGACAUAUGGUUUGAUGAUGUGGAUGAAAUCUUCCUGGAGGCAAACAGGGGAAAAGUAAGCAGCAGCAGUAAAAUUGAUCCUCUUGUAAAGCCAGAGUCGUACCAAGGGCUGACCAAAGUGCUGGCUAUGGACUGUGAGAUGGUGGGUGUUGGAGCUGGGGGCAAGGACAGUAUACUGGCCAGAGUGUCCAUUGUGAACCAGUAUGGACAGUGCGUACUAGACAAAUACGUCACCCCAACUGAGGAAGUGACGGACUACAGGACGGCAGUGAGUGGGAUCAGGAAGGAAGAUUUACUUCAGCAGGGAGAAGACUUUAAAUCAGUUCAAGAAGAUGUUGGCAAAAUCCUCAAAGGUCGAGUGGUAGUUGGCCAUGCCAUUAUGAAUGAUUUCAAGGUGCUCUACUUAGAUCAUCCUAAGAAGCAAAUCAGGGACACCUCCAGGUACAAACCCUUCAGAAAACUCUUUAAUGGGAAGACGCCCUCUCUUAAGAAGCUGACCGACAAGCUGUUAGGUGUCAAAGUGCAAGAAGGGGAACACAAUUCGGUUCAGGAUGCUCAAGCUGCCAUGCGAAUAUACACAAUGACCAGAAAACAGUGGGAACGAGACAUUAAGGAAAGGAAAAACGUACUCGGUAAAAUGCAGUGAAAUUCGCCAGCAUUAGUUUCACACAAAAAUCUAAGAAUGGAUAGGCGCUGGAUCAGCAAUGCCUUCAGCAAAAUGACACCUUGUAACAGAACAGAGGACGUCCUUGAAUGCUAUGUAUUGUAGAUGAAUAUAAAUGUGGCCUUGAGCAUAAUAAUCACUUAUGGACAUACAAAUCUGUUAUAAAGGCAAACCUGAUACCUCCACCCUCAUGGAAGUGUAUGGCAAAGAAUAAGACGCAUGUCUGUGAGGAGAGACACUGAAUGUCUUCAACUUACUGAUUGAUUUUUUGAAAGUAUUAUGUUAACUGCUAUAAAUCCCUUAAGUUGAGAUGGCAGACAUGGAGGUGUUUCCAUCUGUGAUCAUCUCAUAUGACCAAGACAUUGUUAGUCAAGUAAUAGAUCCAUGUAAGGUAAAAUUGAAUUUACUACCACUUACAUAAGUGAAGUAAUUUGUGGACAGAAUUGGUUUAUUCUUUUAAUGCAAUUUUAACAUAAGUGGGUUUUUAAGUGCGAUUAAUUCCACAUUUAUAAAGAAUUUUAUCAUCCACAUUACUUGGAAAUAUAAUUCAGAGAAAUUGUUUGAAUUUUUGAUUAAUAAGAAUUAAAAUGCCAAAUGGAUCUUCAUGUUGUGUCACUGGAAUAAAUAACAAGACAAAAAUA